CACGCUCUAGAAUACCAGCGGUAUCGUCUUGGCGGCCAUUUUUUUGAACAAGCACCAUCUUUUCACGAAAUUUGUCCAAGUUUUACGAGUUUGAGAACUUCCAGCAAAUCGUAGUGAUGGCUUCUGGAGAUGAAAAUGAUAACAAGCUGAAGGAAGAUGAGCUACAACGGUCUAAACGGGAGCGGGAACGAGAGAAAGAGAGAGAUAGGAACAAGGAGGAUAGGGACCGAGUGAAAGAUCGUGACCGGGACAGAGAUAAAGCAAGGGACAGAGAUAGAGAGAGACGGGAUAAGCACAAGUCAAGCCGAGACCGAGACAAGGACCGCUCUAGUCGAGAUAGAAAGAGAGAGAAACGGGAUGGCGAUAGACAGCGAGAUGAUAAGGAUAGGAGGGAUCGAAAACACCGAAAAAGGUCAGACAAGUCGCGUUCAAGAUCACCAUUGAAGAAUGAUAAUGACAGAAAAAGGGAGGUGGAAGAGGAGGAGACUAAAGGAAAACAGACAAAAGUAGAACCUUUGUCACUAGAGGAAAUGAUUGCUAAACGUGAAGCUGAGAAGAAAGCUUUAGAGAAGCCUACAUUUCUGACAAAAGAACAGAGAGCAGCCGAAGCAAUCAAGAAACGGCAAGCUCAAGUUGAAGAACAACGUAAAAAAAUGGAGGAAGAAAGAAAAAAGAGGGAGACUUUUUUAAGAGAAGCUCAACAUUCCAAAGAGGAUGAUAAUGAAAGAGAAAGAAGAGAACGAAGAGAGAGGAGAGAAAAGAUGGAGCAAGAUGGGGAAGAUGGAAAACGAGACAAGGUCAGACAGGACAAGUUACAAGAGAAAGAACUUGGUGCUAUCAAGGAACGCUACUUAGGACUCAACAAGAAAAAGAGGAAGAUUCGCAGGCUGACAGAUCGAAAGUUUGUGUUUGAUUGGGACACUGGAGAGGACACAUCAAAUGACUACAACCCGAUCUACAAGGAAAGACAUCAGGUCCAGCUGUUUGGAAGAGGUCAUAUUGGUGGGAUUGAUAUCAAGAUCCAAAAGAAGGAGGCAGGAAAGUUUUAUGCAGAAAUGAUGGAAAAACGAAGAACAAUUGAGGAGAAAGAGCAGGAAGGGAACCGCCUGAAGAAAGAAAAAGACAAGGAGCGCAAGGUCGCCUUUGAUGACCGUCACUGGACAAAGAAGAAUUUGGAAGAAAUGACAGAGAGGGACUGGCGAAUUUUUAGAGAAGAUUUCAAUAUCUCAACCAAAGGUGGACGGAUUCCAUUUCCCAUCAGAAAGUGGAAGGAGGCACAGAUACCUGACAGUAUCCUUGAGAUUGUCGACAAACUUGGCUACAAGGAUCCGACCCCAAUCCAACGUCAAGCCAUUCCAAUUGGGCUACAGAACCGAGACAUUAUAGGGGUAGCUGAGACAGGUAGUGGUAAAACCGCAGCCUUUGCCAUCCCUUUGCUAGUCUGGAUCAUGGGCCUACCUAAGAUUGAAAGGGACAAUGACGCUGACCAAGGACCUUACGCACUUAUCCUCGCCCCAACAAGAGAGUUAGCUCAACAGAUUGAAGAGGAGAUCCUUAAGUUUGGACGUCCCCUUGGAAUCCGAACAGUGUCUGUCAUUGGUGGAUUAUCACGCGAGGACCAAGGAUUCCAGCUCAGACUUGGCGUAGAGAUUGUUAUUGCCACCCCAGGACGUCUCAUUGAUGUGUUAGAAAACCGUUAUUUGGUGUUAAAUCGUUGCUCCUACAUCGUUAUGGACGAGGCGGAUCGUAUGAUUGACAUGGGUUUUGAGCCUGAAGUCCAAAAGAUUCUGGAACACCUGCCAGUGUCCAAUGUUAAGCCUGACAGCGAGGACUCGGAAGAUCCUGAACAUCUCUUGACCCACAUGGGCAAGGACAAGUACAGACAGACUGUCAUGUUUACAGCUACUAUGCCACCCCAAGUUGAACGACUAGCCAAGAACUACCUCAGGCGGCCUGCAGUGGUCUAUAUCGGCUCUGUUGGAAAACCGGUUGAGCGCGUGGAACAACGUGUCUACCUGGUUAAUGAACAGCAAAAAAGGAAGAAACUGUUGGAGUUGCUCAACAAGGACCUGGAGCCUCCUAUUAUCAUCUUUGUCAACCAGAAAAAGGGUGCAGAUGUACUUGCAAAGUCUCUUGAAAAAAUGGGUUUUCGCGCUACAACUCUCCACGGAGGCCGUAACCAGGAACAGAGAGAGUUUGCAUUGUCAAGUUUGAAGGGAGGAUCGAAGGACAUCCUUGUAGCGACAGACGUAGCCGGUCGUGGUAUCGACAUCAAGGAUGUGUCCCACGUCAUCAAUUACGAUAUGGCUAAAACAAUUGAAGAUUAUACCCAUCGUAUUGGUCGAACUGGUCGUGCUGGUAAGACAGGUAUUGCUGUCUCCUUCCUGACACAAUCAGACAGCGGCGUGUUCUAUGACUUGAAACAGCUUCUUCUAUCCAGUCCGGUGAGCUCUUGUCCAUCUGAACUGGCCAACCACCCAGAGGCACAACACAAACCUGGAACUGUGCUAACAAAGAAGAGAAAGGAAGAAACAAUCUUUGUAUAGCACACUCUGUUCACAGUGGUGUAAUAAAAUCAGAACUUUAUUGUUGUGUAAUUAA